AUGGACUUGGAAGAAACGUUAUCCAACCAUCUAACAAAUUUCUUAUUCAGAUCUUCUCCACAGCAUCCCAGUUUAAUUAUUGCUCAGCCCUCCACGUAUACUUUUCAAACAUCACCAGUAGUUCAGUGGCUUUCAAAGAGGAAAUUUUCAUCAUUGCUAACGCUAGCACUUUUAAGCCUAUCCUAUUACAUAAUUGCUCCAUCGAUACCUUGCCUGAAUAGAGAACCACGCGGAAUGUUUAAGAAAAGACCAGAUAAAACUACAACUGGACUUAUUAAUGCCACCGUAGACUGUUUUGCCAACUCCACUGUUCAAGCUUUGGCAUCACUCCCUGGGUUGAAUGUCUAUUUGAAUGACUUUUUUUCAACCCAAAGCGCAUUAGGUAAAUUGUUGGAGGACAGACGCUCAAAUGAAGAACCACACAAUGACACAAGAUCUUCUGAUUUGUCAGUACCAUCGACACCUCUACAUGAAGCCUUGAGCAUUCUUUUGAGUCAGCUCCAGGAAACAAUCUAUGAGCGACGAUCCAUUUCUGUUUGGUCAUUCCUUAAUGUUUUGGAGAAAAUAUUUAACUCAAGAAUCUCUAAAUCCCAACAUGAUGCUCAUGAACUAUUACAAUUAAUUUUGGAAACCUUAGAAAAGGAAUAUGUCUCGGUUCAGCUGUUUAUCGGCGUCAACGAAGAACUUUUCAAUGAUUCUCCUGUUUCCAUUCCCCAGUUCCCUUUCUCUUCACUUUCGAUUAACCAAUUGAGAUCUGUUGAAUGUGGUGGUUCAUCAUCUUUAGGAUUUGAUCAUAUGGCAAUUUAUUCCUUGCCAACGCCAAGGAAACCUUUUAUCUCAUUGCCAGAUUUGAUAAAAGAAAAUCAGAGAGAGGUAAUUGAGGGUUACAAUUGCGUUAAAUGUAACGUACUAUUCUGCAUUGAUGUAUUAUCUAAAUCUCCAGAUCCGACACCCACUGAGCGGGAGAAUCUUAAACAACUAAAGAAACUCAAUGUCACUUUAAAGAUUAAUGACGAUCUACCACCAUCUUUACAAGCAUUUGUUGAUCAAACUUGCAAAAGGUACAAAUAUCAGCUAAAAUCCACCCUUAUAAGAAACCAUGGUUUGGCAAAACCUCCAAAAAUUUUGCCUAUUCAUCUAUCAAGAUCGAUUUUCCUUCAGUCGCAAGCAGUUCGAAAUAGUUGCAAAGUCGAAUUUGAUGAAAUUCUGGCUCUAGAUAUAAAUGAAUCCAUUUUGGAAGAGGCUCAAAAAUUCAUUGAUGAGAAACUCAAAGAAGCAAUACAGGACGCUAAGGAGCGUAAACCAAUAGAUAACAAUUCCAGCGAGACUCUUCCCCCGAACUUACUUUUUACAGAAGAUGAGAAGCAUGUAGGGAUAGAAGAACCAAUGUUUGUUGAAAAUGCAGGUCAAGAUUCCGAGGAUGAGUCCCUCUCAUCGAACGAACACAUCGAAUCGUCCAACACUGUUACCAACGCUGAUAAUGAGUCAAAAAAUCUAGAGUCUUCUGCAAAAGUGGAAUCGGAGACAUCAAUAAAAAAAUGUACUUACAAAUUACAGGCCGUCAUUUGCCACCAGGGAUCUCAUAGAAUUGGACACUAUGAAUGUUACAGACGAAAACCUCACUACUACAAAACUUCCACGUCAAAUGAAUUUUUAAGCGACGUACCUGAAUUACUUUUCAAAGCACCAGCCGAAGAAACUGCUGGACCGCCACCUGAAACUCCAUUAUCGGAUCCGUCUCCAGAAGUUGACGAAUCUAAUCAAGACAUACCUUCAGAUGCAGUCAAAUCUCCAGAAAGCUCUGGGUCUCGAUUUAGAAGAAGGAUGAGUUCAAUUAUAUCAAUGCCAAAACUAAAUGAUGACAAUUCGCCAGCAAACUCAAGUGAUCAACAGUCGAAACCUACUCGUAAACUUGUUUCCAGCUCGGUCAAGAAUCCAUUCUGGAAGAUAAGCGAUAGUAAAAUCACUGAAUACAAAUUGGAAGAUGUUCUUAAGGAUUCAGGUGCAGCUUACAUGUUGUUCUAUGAGUUGCUACCUUAA